UGCGGCCUGCUCCUCGUGGGCAUCGCGGUCAGCACGGACUACUGGCUGUACAUGGAGGAGGGGACUGUUUUGCCGCAGAACCAGACCACCGAGGUCAAGAUGGCACUGCACGCUGGCCUCUGGAGAGUCUGCUUCUUUGCAGGUCGGGAGAAGGGUCGCUGUGUGUUUUGUGAGUACUUCCUUGAACCAGAGAUCAACUUGGUGACGGAGAACACGGAGAAUAUUCUGAAGACGGUGCGCACGGCCACUCCCUUCCCCAUGGUCAGUCUCUUCCUCGUGUUCACCGCCUUCGUCAUCAGCAACAUCGGCCACAUCCGACCUCAGAGGACCAUUCUGGCCUUCGUUUCUGGCAUCUUUUUCAUUUUGUCGGGUCUCUCCUUGGUGGUGGGCUUGGUUCUGUACAUCUCUAGCAUCAACGAUGAGGUCAUGAACAGGCCCAGCAGCUCCGAGCAGUACUUUCACUAUCGAUACGGGUGGUCCUUUGCCUUCGCCGCUUCCUCUUUCCUUCUCAAAGAGGUGAUGUGUUGGGGCCCAGAGGACCCAUUUGAAGGAGGAGCACUGGGGUGGUGGUUCCCACCCUGGACCGCUGUGUUCCAGCCCGUUUCGGAGAACUCUCAGCCAGGCUCGCAGCUCCUCUCUGGGGAUUCAGCAGACCUGGACCCACGGCCCCAUUUACUGCUGCUGACUCUGCAAAUCCCCGCGUUCAGCACUUUGCCUGCCUUAUUAUCUCAUUGA